GGCUGGUUGUUGUCCUCGGUACCAAGUAUCUUCGCUGCAAAGAUGGCAUUUUCUCAUCGCGUCUUCUUCCUCCUGUGUGGAAUCGGUGGAGUGUUUGGUGUGUGUCCUGCUGGCUGGACUCCAUUUGAAAAAAACUGCUACAUCUACCAAAAAGUUCUCAAGUCUUUUCAGGAUGCAGAGACUGCCUGCAUCGCUCUUGAUCCUGCAGCCUACCUGGUGUCCAUCUACACUGAUGCAGAAAACACAGUAGUUAAAGAUCUGAUUACCAGCACAGACCCCUGGAUAGGACUCAAUGACAUUGCCACGGACGGUACCUUUGCUUGGACUGUUGGACCCACAACCUAUCCCCUGAUAUCCGCUGCCAAAGGACUGCCUCAAUUCCCGAAUGGAAAGAAAGACUAUGUGUACAUUGCACAAGCUGAUGGAAUGUGGUACGCUGAUGACUCCACUAAGCUGAGGCCAUAUGUUUGCAAGAGACCAAAGUAAUCUAUGACUCUGUGUGCCACAUAUUGGCCAAUAAGCUUUUUCGAUCUGUCCUAAGGAACUUUCCAAAUACGCUUUUACCGACUUUAACGUUCAAUGCUAUUGAAUAAAUGCUUUCUGAAACAAGAGCGUGGGGGGUGGAGUCUGCAGACGAGCGCUUGUCAGUGACGGUGGAGGACAGACAAACAAGAUUUUUACAACAAAGUUCAGUAGAAAAUGUCCUUUUUAUGGGACAUUUGUGCGUUUGUUUUCUUGUUUGGCUGUGUUGUUUGUCGCAUUUUUGCUGUGUUUGUGCUUGAUGGCAAACAUGCCAAGGAGGUCAUGGUUGGGAUAUAAACAUACUCUUGAUGUUCAAUGUUUCAUUGUUCAUUUACACUCUGGCUGUCUCAUUCAAUAAAAAGCUAUAAAAUGUU